AUGCCGCACGUUAACAUAACGCCGGGGACUGUUAAACAACUGAGCAUCGAUAUACCGCAACAAAAUGGAAACCACAAUGGAACCAAUGGGACUGCUACUCCAAAUGGAAUGCUAUCGCCUGACUCCAACGGCCCACUUUCGCCCAUCCUGGAUGCAACGCCGCAGAAACCACCGAAGCCACCUGUGGCUAGACAGAUAUUGCCAGUGAGGAAGACCAAAACACUACCGAUAAACUUUCAAGAGAGAGUACCUCCCAAAACGGCAGGAACUGUUACGAGCGGUAAGAAACUCUUCGUCACCAAGCCGCUGAAAGAAGUUCGCGCUAUUCCACAAAGUCUUCCAGAAAGUCUACGUAUCAAAUCUCCCAGUCCAUCCUACAAAAGAAGCGUAUCUCUUUCAGUUGAGACUGGUUCUAUUGCUGAACUAGCGAAACGCCACAGUUCCGGGAGCACAAUAUUAUCUCGAUCGCCCAGCCCAUCCUAUAGUAGCAUCAAAAGUUCAGCUAGCCAAUAUUCUACUUGCAGCAGCGAUGGGACUUUUGUACCACUAUCAAGAUCAUCCAGCAUGAAUUCCUCCUUUCGGAGUCCAACGCCGAGAAGAAUGUACCCGCAAUCCUGCGAUCACCACGACAGCAUGGACCUGAAAGAGUUAAGAUCAAAGGAACAAGCUCCCGUCGUUUUCGAUGCCAAUCUAUCCUUCGUAUUGGGAUGCAAGAAGCAGCCGGUGCGACAGAGAUUCAAACCGCAGCCGGCGUAUUUGGAGGAAGGAACGUCUUCGAAUUACUUAUCCACAAAGAUCGAUAACUUUUUAAAACGCACAGACCAUAUAAUGGAUGAAUGGAGACGCAUGGGCCACAAGGACGAACCCGAUCUGGAAAUGUACUACGAUGGCAAGAAAAGAAAAGUCGGUAGAUCCAAGUCGGCUACGAACAUCAUGAUUAAGGGCUUCACAUUGUUCAGCCGUACGGGGAGUAGGGCGAGCAGCGUCUGCCGAUCGUCGAGAGGAGUGUCUGAAGAUAGGACUACUGUUUCUGAAAUGGACGAGCUGUCGGAGGUGAGUGGCGAUUUGGGCGAGGAGAGGUCGGCGGCUGCUCUCGCGUCAGAACGCGCCGACGCAGAAGCCGCCGAGCGCUUGCGCAUCGAAAGGGACAACAGAGAACUGCUGGCGAACAACCAGCGGCUGCAGCAGGCUUCAGAACGUCUGGAGCUCGAGCUCCUGCACUGGAGAUCAGCGGAGAAUGGCGGAGCAGAGCCCUCGGAUUCAGAAGGUUCGGAGGCUGAAAUCGGCGCUAACGGCGAGAAGUACAAGCGGCGAUACGAAAGAGCCCAUCGCGAGCUGCAACUUGUGCGCGCGCAACUCAGGCGGCAGCAUGAAGAUGACCUUGAACAGCUCGUCACGGUUAAGAAGCAGCUGGAGAAAAAGGUGCAAGAUGCUUACGAAGAAGUAGAGGAGCAAAGGGCCGUAGCUGCGCAAUGGAAACGCAAAUUGCAAAAACUCACCAACGACAUGGCUGACCUGCGUUCAUUGCUUGAUGAACAGACAUGCCGCAACAACCUGCUCGAGAAGCGUCAACGCAAGUUCGACACGGAGCUGCAGAGCGCGCAAGAAGAGUUGAAGCGAGAACGCUCCGCCAAAGACCGCCUCUCCCGCGAACGGGAUCAGGCGCACGCCGAGAAGUACGCGCUCGAACAGAGCCUCUCUGAAGCUCGGCUGGAAAUCGAGUUGAAGGAAGAGCGAUUGGCCGCUGCCUCGCGGGAAUUAGAGGAGCGGGGAGGUGGGGGAGACGAGUUGACGGCGCUGCGUCGAGCCAAGAGCGAGCUGGAGCGACGCGUGCGCGACCAGGAAGAAGAGUUGGACGAGUUGGCUGGACAGAUACAGUUAUUGGAAAGUUCCAAGCUCCGUGUGGAAAUGCUGUUGGAACAACAACGCAAGGAAGCGCGUUUAGAAGCAGCUGCACGGGAUGAUGAAAUGGAAGAAACCAGAGCCAAUGCUGCCAAGAAGCUUAAGAUACUCGAAAGCCAACUGGAGAGUGAACACUCCGAACGCAGUCUGCUCUUACGUGAAAGACAUGAACUGGAACGAAGACUCGCUUCCCUCGAAGAAACCGCUAGGGCUGAAGCGCAAGAACAAAUCCAACUCGUGCAUAGACUCAAGAGAGAUCUUAAGCGUUACCGAGCACUUUUGCGCGAUGCGCAAACGAUGUUGGAUCAGAAAGAAAAAGAAGGCGGUGGAAAAGCACAGAUAAGACAACUCAAAAAUCAGGUGGAAGAUCUCGAGUUAGCAGUUCGCGCAGCUAACAAAGCUCGAUCGACGGCUGAAGCGGAAGCAUCUGAAGCCGCUUCAGCGCUGGAGGAAGCGAAUCGAGCCAGGAACGAAGCGGCUGAAAGAGCACUUUCCGCCAGCAGAGACGCAGCCGCCGCCAGAGCGCAGCUUGAUGACGCCGAAGAAGAAGCUGCUGAGCUCCUGAAGAAAUACCGUGCCAGUACUAGCGCCCUCUGCAGUGCACAAGCUGAAGCCCGUGAAGCGGAGGCGAAGGCUGAGGCAGCCAGUGAAGAAGCCCGAGCAGCGAAGGAACGCGCUAACGAGCUGGCGACCCGCUUGGCCGCGGCUGAAGCUGGCCACACCCAAGGACACCAUGAGACUGAACGAAGGCUUGAACUGAGGAAUAAGGAGUUGGAGUCUAGCUUGGAAUUAGAAGCCACAUCGCGAGCACGUCUCGAGAGCCAGGUCGCUCGUCUGCGAGACGCCCAUGAGCAGCUGGCUUCGGAAUUGGCGGCUGCCAGAGCCAAAGACCAGCAGGCGGCCGAAGAAGUCCGCAAAUUGACACGUCAGAUACGCGAACUUAAGGAAGAGAACACAUCAUUGAACGCGAAACUAAGCGAAACGACGCGACUGAAGUUAGCUGCUGAAUCAGCAGCACAAACUGCUGCAGCAGAAGCGGCCGCCGCAAAGGACGAAGCGCGGCUUGCUGCUCGACGUGCCACCGCACUACAGGAAGCCAUUGCUGGAGACUUAUCUAGUCCGGGAGACUCUAGGGAUACUGACAGUGAAAACGACAGCUACAGCUCGGAUGAGUCGAUCGGAACGUUUUUGGCGAACCACAAACUGAGUCCUGCCGCGCCCUCGCGGUCAUCGCUACACCAUGACUCGCACAAGUCGACCAGCUCCGAGGGUCGCGCCAGCCGCUCCAGCAUCAGCUCUGGAUCGAAGCCCUUAAGCCCAACAAAAGAGUCGUACGCAUAA